AUGACAGAUGGCUCUGAAGAAGGAAGUGUCACGUUGUGUUCCUUCGCACUCAAGGAGUCGGUGACAGAAUCAGAUCAUGAGCUCCAUCAGAACACCUCACAUUCAGGUCAUAACUCUGAACUCCUGCGCAUGCUGCCGGUCAGUGGCACGUGUAAAGUGUUUCCCGAGGACAUGGAGAAGUUCCUGAGUGUGUUUCUGGAGCGCUGGUUCAGAGCACCGCAGCGAGCCACAUAUCAGAUCUGCUUCAAAGCCAGAAACAGCAGCCACAAAAAGAGAGAGGAGGUCAUUAAAGCUGUGGCCGGUCUGGUGUUGAAGCUGAAUCCACUGAAUAAGGUGGAUCUGACCAACCCUGAGUUCUCCAUCAUCAUCGAGAUCAUCAAGACUGUCUGCUGCGUCAGCGUCCUCAAAGACUACACACUCUUCCGCAAGUAUAACCUACAGGAAGUGGCCAAGGAGCCGGCCAAUCAGAGCGCAGGCCCGGAGGAACCAGCCAAUCAGAACACAUGCCCGCAGAAACCAACCAAUCAGAGCACAGGCCCGCAGAAACCAACCAAUCAGAGCACAGGCCCGCAGGAACCAGCCAAUCAGAACACAGGCAAGCAGGAACCAACCAAUCAGAACACAGGCCCGGAGGAAUGUGUGACUUAAGUGAAUGUGUGUCACAUGACUGUUUUUAAAAUCAUUUCUACACAGUGUGUGUGUUUUGUUCAGGUUUUUGUUUUUUCUUCUGUAUGAUGGUUGUUUAUUUCCAUUUUCUGUUCAUUGUACUGGACUCUUGUGUCAUUUUGGACAAAUUUUCCUCUAAAAAGAAGACAGAGGUGUGGAAAUUAAAUAAAUCAACUAAAAUAA